AUGGAUGAAUAUCAGGCGUGGGUCCACAGCACAUCAUCAGAUGUUCUUGAGAAAACAGAUGCAGACAAUCCAUCAGUGAACUCAAAUGCCAGUUAUGGGGCGCACAGUUGUCAGAUACCGCCUGAGGUGCACAGUUCGGGCGGCAGAGAUGAGUUUUCACUCAAACUGUCUCGCAUUAAUGGUGCCAUCAAUAGAAUGACUAAAGAACAGUUGCAAGAGAAACUGGCACAUGUGCGUCUAAAUACCAGCGGUGUGAAGGAUGUUCUUAAGAAAAGGUUAAAACACUACUACAAGCGCCAAAAACUGGUCCAGAGCAACAGUGCUGCAUCAGAAGAAGACAGACUGAAAUAUGCAUACUUAGUAGUCAUAGACUUUGAGGCAACAUGCAGCGAGAGCAAUGAGAACUUUGUGCAUGAGAUUAUUGAAUUUCCAGCAGUUUUGAUCGACACACAAAAUCAGGCUGUGUGCAAUGUCUUUCAACGUUUCUGUAAGCCAAGAGUGAAUCCAAAACUGACAGAAUUUUGUACAUCAUUGACUGGAAUCACUCAGUCACAAGUUGAUAAAGCCAAAGAUUUUACCGAAGUAUUUGCAGAGUUUGAAGAAUGGCUGUCUCUGCAUCAGCUGGGCACUGAGCAUAAAUUUGCCGUACUUACUGAUGGCCCCUGGGACAUGGCAAGGUUUUUAAAAACCCAAGUGGAACUCAGUGGCAUUUCAUUCCCACGUUGGGCCAAACAGUGGAUCAACCUUCGCAAGGCAUAUGCAGCUUUCUACGGUUGUAAACGGGUGAACCUUCACAAGAUGCUAGAGGACCUGGGAAUGAAGUUUCAGGGUAGACCUCACUGUGGACUUGAUGAUGCCCAAAAUAUUGCAGCUGUCACUGUCCGGCUGCUGCAGGAUGGCUGUGUCAUGAGAGUCAAUGAGCAUCUUCAUGAAGGUCUUGUGAGUCCACAGAAGCGGACAGGGUCUUCAAGAUCAUCAGAACACUCAAAAACCCACAUGUCUCCAAAUAGCCAGAUUUCGAAUCACAGGAAUUACAACAACCAUAAUUCUAACGGUGCAGAAUGGUUAGAUAUUCCACAAGAAGGAGAGAAUUUAGAAGAUUUGUUUGAAUAUCUAAAAAUACAGAAAUCUUAG